AUGGCAUCAACAGAUAAUGAAACGAUUAUGCAUGCAAAACUUUACAAGAUACGUGGUGCACAAUAUUGUAAAGAUAAUCGACAGACUACUUUUCGUGUGUAUGCACCAAAUGCCAAAAAUGUGUGGGUUAUUUUAACAGCAUUUGGUCGCGAAGAGUUCCAACUCAGAAUGCAAAAAGUGAAUACAGGUCUUUGGGAAGCUGUUACAGAUCAAGCACCGCCAGGUCGUACAUAUCUUUAUCUUAUUGAUGAUUGUAAUGGUAAAUAUAUGUUGCGAACGGAUCCGGUAAGUUUUUCCGUUGUUCAUAUUCCCGAAGUCGAUCAAGUUCAUUCAGUUGUACAUGAUCAUACAGCUUAUCAAUGGAGUGAUGAAAACUGGUUGACACAACGUUCACUUACCAAUCCGUUGCGUGCGCCAUUAUCUAUCUAUGAGAUUCAACCUAAAUCAUGGAGAACUAGUUUCUAUCAACCAUCGAAUUUUCGUCAGAUAGCUCCGGAGUUGGCCAAUUACUGUCUUACGAUGGGUUUUACCCAUGUGGAAAUGUUCGGUCUUCUUGAUCAUCCCUACAGCUGGGAACGUGGCUAUAUAAUAGCGAAUUAUUUUGCUCCCUAUCGUCAUAAUGGACAAUGUGAUGAUUUGAAAUAUUUGGUUGAUUAUCUACAUCAAUAUGAUAUUGGAGUGAUUAUUGAUUGGGUUCCAACACAUUUUUAUCAUCGCCAUAAGUCCUAUUGGUUUUCAAAUUCUUUACACGAAUUUGAUGGAACAAAUUUGUAUGCCGGUCAUAAGUCAUUAUGGGGAACACUCUAUUUCGAUUUUAAUAAGGAAGAAACUCGUCGUCUAUUGUUUGCCAGUGCUCUAUAUUGGAUUGAUGAAAUGCACAUGGAUGGAAUCCGUUUCGAUGCUGUUAGUCAGAUGGUUCGACGUCAAUCGAAUGAUAUACCUGCGGCAAUUUCAUUCUUGCGUGAACUCAAUCAGACUAUUCAUAGAUUUUAUCCUGGUGUUUUGUGCAUUGCUGAAGAAACGGAAGGUUAUCCUAAUUUGACCAUGACUAUGGACUUUGAUUUAAAAUGGAAUAUUGGCUGGAUUCAUGAUGCAAUGAAUCUUUUACGUACACCCUUCAAUGAAAGACCACGACAUUGGCACGAAAAAGUUCUAAAUAUGUUGCAUUCUGCGCGAGGAAACAAUGACAAAAUGAUUCUUACGUUGAGUCAUGACGAUACAGACUGUCACGAACGCGAUUACCAUAAGACUCUAUUUGCAUGUGUUUCAUAUGGUAGAAAUGAUUCGGAAAAAUUUUCCGAUCUGCGAAAUUUCUUUGCUUGUCAAACAUUUGCGCCGAGUCAUGGUCAUAUGAUUCAUAUGGGUGACGAAAUUGCUCAGCCUAUAUCAUGGUUUCAACGAUUUCGGCAAGGCAUGUCUAGUAUGGAUUGGUCCUUGACUAAUACGCCGUCUUUUCAUAGCAAAACUCAACAAUAUCUAUCUGAUCUUAACUAUUUUUAUCGAAGUCAUCCACAAUUUUGGCAAAAUGGAGAACUAGACUUUACGAUGAUUUACGAAUGCCAACCAAAUCUAAUUGUCGCCUAUCAUCGCGGUAUCUAUAAUAAUCGACGCAUAGCAAUCAUUCACAAUUUUUCUCAUCGAGGAUAUAAAUCUUAUGAUGUGUCUUUGCCAACAUGGGAUCCUAAUGUGAGACGUAUUGGAAAAACAGUGGAAAUAUUUAAUUCCGAUAAUCUAAUUUAUGGCGGAUCAGGAUUAUUUCAAAAUGAAAAAGUUGGCGUGAUACAUAUGCAUAGUGAAUGGAUAUUUUUCAAACUGGCAAUUCCACCACUUGCCACAGUUGUAUUAGAAGAACAUUUGAAUUAA